UGUCACCAUCUGUCGGAAUUAGGACGCAGACAUAUUUACUCUUGUAUAUUUGGAUUUGUCAUUUGCUUUAAAAGUCAGCUGUUUUUUUCGAUUGAAAAGUGUUAUUUGUUGGUUAUGCAAAUGAUUAUAAAUCAAGUAGUACGGAAAACUGUUAGCGUAACUCAUAAAAUAUUUACCACUUACAAUUGUCGAAAUUUAUCCAUAAUCAACAAAAAGUCUCAACCAAAUAAGCAAGUUCUAGAUAAGCAUGACAUCAAAUUACCGGAAUAUAUGGAACUAUAUUAUUUUGAAGAAGAUAAAAUUGAUUUAUUGCAUUCGAUGAUUUCAAAUAUGAUUGUACUAAAAGAAUUUGUUACACCUCAAGAAGAAGAAAAUCUUAUGAACGAAUUGGAACCUCUAUUGAAGAAACGAAGAUAUGAAUUUGAUCAUUGGGACAAUGCUAUACAUGGUUUUCGUGAAAUAGAACACAAAAAAUGGAACAGUGAUAAUGACAAAAUAUUGCAACGAGUGAGAGAUGUAGCAUUUGAUAAGAAGUCUGUGGAAAAUGUCUUGGAGCAUGUACAUGUUUUAGAUUUGAGCAAAGAUGGGAAAAUUAAUCCUCAUGUUGAUAGCAUUAGAUUUUGUGGCCAUACAAUUGCUGGAUUGAGUUUGAUUUCAAAUAGCGUUAUGCGUCUGACUAGGGCAGUGAGUGAAGAUUCUAACAUGACUGCAGAUGAUGAAACAAAAGUACUAGCAGUGAAUGUAUAUCUUGAAAGAAGAUCACUAUACAUAAUGAGGAAUGUAGCUCGCUAUGAUUUUGCUCAUGAAAUAUUAGGAAGUGAUAAGUCUUUGUUCAAAAAUAAUGUUGUUACGAGGGAUAGAAGGAUAUCUGUAAUAUGCCGAAAUCAUCCAUAA